ACUGUCUUGUUAUCGCAUUUGAAAACGGCAUAUAAUAUGUUAAAAAAUUAAAAAUAUUAUAACUUGUAUAUAGGUACUAUAUCUUUUUAGGUUUUUUUUUUUUACUCCUAACGGUUUUGGAAAUUACGGAAAUGAUCAUCGUCGCUCAGAACACCAAUCGUUCUGUCAUCGGAUCGCAUUCCGAUUAAAUCUUUUCGAGCUGCUGCGACAUGAUGUCGAUUCCGACCAACAAUCUCAAGCUGGCAGUGGAAAUGGCAACUCGAGUAGAAUCAGCUCUAGCAAAACGGGUCGGCGACCAACCGGAGGCCCAAUGUGCGCCCCCUCAACAGGCUACUUCGCAGCUCAAAACCCAAUUCGAAAUCAAUGACUUGGCAGACACUGAUCGUAUACUACUCACCAGCAAGUCCAUACAAAAUGACAUUGAAGAAUUUUCAGGUACGGUGAUUGUUACUAGAGGACGAUACUUAACUCCAAAAGAAAAAAAUCAAGCAUCAUCAGAGCGAUCAUUACAUUUACUUAUCAAAGGGCCAAAAAAACAAAAUUUAGAUCUUGCUAUUCAAAAAAUCCAAUCACUUAUUCAACGAGACAAAGAUAUGUCUAAACAUCCGAAUUUGACAUCUGGCCCUUUAAUUAAUGGAGCCGGAAUUGAAAAAGUUCUAAUUGGCUUAGACCAUGCACCUCCAGCUUUUGACCUCAGAAAUAAAAUAUUAGGCUUAAACGGAGCUAAUCUUCAUUAUAUAAUGAAUGAAACAGGGGCUGUAGUAACUAUGCGAGGACGAGGUUCUGGAUUUAUUGAGGCUAAUGGACAAGAAUCAGUUGAACCUUUACAUCUAUGUGUUGAACAUGCAAAAAAUGAAGUAUUACAAAAUGGUAGACAAUUAGCUUUCAAUUUAAUUGAAACUAUUCAAAAUGAAUAUAGUGCUACAUAUGCAUCUAAUCAUGUUGCACCACCACCCAAUAUUGCACACCAACCAUCAAAUGUACACAUCCAACAACCACAAGUAAUUCAUCAACAAACUAUUCAAACCAAUAAUGGUCAAAUACCACAAAUGAAUCCAACUCAAUAUCAAACUGUUCAAGUAGCAGCACAAACUGGAAUGAUGACAUUACAAGAUGGUUCUCAAGUGGUACAAACAUCUGUUGCUAAUGUUCAAAUGCCGUUAUUUACCCAACAAGCUGUACCUCAAUUAAUGGCUGUUCCUCCACCAGUAAUGGGAGGUCACCAACAACAACAACAACCAGCACAAAACACUCAGGGGCCAACUCAUAUAGCUUCUUUAGGUCAGCAUCAAGCAUCAAUUAUGCCUCAAAUUCAAACACAAGUAGUCAAUCAGCAACAACACCAACUUCCAUUAUCUGUCACGCCAGUCAGUUAUUCAGCAAUUCAAUCACAGCAACAGCAGCUUAUUCAGCAGCAAGCAAUACAAACUAAAAGUUUAGAAAAUGUUCAACACACCCCAUCUGUAACUCAUACUACUCCUACAACACUAGCUAAUGGUGUUAUUCCUCAUACGCAGGCAUUUAUGACUCAAGCUGCACUUCCUAUUCAAUAUAUUCAAACAUCUAAUGGCCAAAUUAUUGCAUACCAACCACAAGUUCAAUCAAGUACAUUCCAAAUGGCUCAAUCUCCUAAUAUAGGUCAAGUGACUCAAUUAAGCCAACAGUCCAACUCUGGGUUAAUCGGUACCACUUACAUACUUGGUAACCAAAUGGCACAAUAUCAACAACCUUCUGGCCAACCAGGUCAAGUUAUGAUUGUGCAAUACCAACAACCACCACCAGCCGAAAUUCAACAACCUGCUGUACAGACUAUUCAUUUACAACAAACACAAUCUGGUCAAUUGAUCCCAGCAAACAUUCCUAAUGGCCAAUUAAUUGUACAACAGACACCAGGGCAACCUGCUCAAAUACAAAUGAUGAUGCCUCAACUAAAUCAGUUCCAAAAUCUUCAACCACAAAUUAUACAAAACUUGCCAGGUCUUUUACAGUCGCAAGUUAGUCAAGCAUCUACUCAACAGUUGUUACUCCAACAGCAAGGCAAGACGUUUACACAACAAACAACUUCACCUGGUGGCAAUCAGUUAAUGUCACUGCCAAUAUCUCAUCAGAUUUUACAGUCGCAAGGCAAUGGUAUAGUUACAAUGACACUUCCACAACAGCAGCCACAACAAUCACAUAAACCUCAACAUCAGUUGAUUCAAACACAAAUGUCAGAUAAACAACAAGUCAUCUACAAACAAGAUGACAGCCAUCAACCUAUUAUGAUACAGCAAGGACAGCAGCAGUCCAUUCAGUAUUUUCAACAAAGCAAUCAAUUUCAAUAUCAGCCUUUAAAACGGUCAUAUGAAAUGGUUGUAUCAGAAGGUGGAGGAAUUACUGGAGCUAAAAUAAUAAGAACUGGACCAUCUUCAGUUACUGGUAAUGAUGGUAAUGAUGACAACCAAAUACGCCAACUGACAAUUAAUGGUAUGGUAGCUACAUCAAAUACAGGGAGACGUACUCCGCAGACUAAUUUUCAGCAUCAAUUAGCAACAGGUGCCUCAAACAUUACAGGUGAUUCGCGAUCCAAAGAAUGUUUAAAUAUGAAUUCCAAAGAAGAUUUAAAUAAACAAGUUGACAGAAAUAAACAACAGAGAUAUCAAUUUUAUCCAGGACGUGGAUAUGAACCUGAUCAACGAUCAGGUACUCCAAUAUCAGAAUCUAAUCGAACACAAUCUGUGACAUUCACAGUAUUACCUGAUCCUAUGAGAAAUCAAACUUUUACUCCAGCUCAAGCUGCUGAUCUACAACAACAGCAUCAACAGCAACAACAACAACAACAGCAGCAGCAGCAGCAGCAACAACAGCAACAGCAACAGCAACAGCAGCAGCAGCAGCAACAACAACAGCAGCAGCAACAGCAACAACCACAGGGUACAAUUACGUACCAAACCCAGCAACAAAUACCAUCGUAUUGGAUUCAGCAAGGUAGUUCUCCCCAAGAAGGUACUAUCACUGGCACAUCUCCUCCAAAAGAAGGAACACUCCAUUAUGUAGAUUAAUUUGCGAAUUGUUUAAAUCACACAUGUUCAAUAAAUUGAUUAGUUUCAUGUUUUUUUA